CGGACCGAGGAGAAUGGGUAAUGGCGUUUGAGUUCAACUUUGACGACGAGAUAUUCCAAGAAUCAAACUGCAGAACAAAAGUGGUUUCAGGGAUUUACAGCCCGAAGCUAUGCGAUCCUGAGGUUUGUUUUUAUUGGGCAUUUAAAUUAUUUUUACUCAAGGCUGCUAUGAAAUAGCCACCGCCAAAUAAGCCUACCCUCAAAUAAGCCUCCCCCUUUUCUCGAGGGAAGAAAGUUAAUAAACCCCCCUCUCUUUUAAGCCACCCCGUCCCCUCUCCUAAUUAUUCUUCUCUAAUAAACGAUAGGCUGUGUUAAUCAAUCACGACUGUAAAACGUCGUGUUGACUGAUGUGGGAUGAUUUAAGGUUAAGCUUUAACACCAACUGGAAGUUCGGAUUUGUUUUUGAUCCUCGGCUGCAUGACCUCUAACUUCUCAUACUUGAACUUUUCUUCUUUGUAUUCUAGUUCUUAAUGGAGAACUAAACUUCUUUUCUAAAUUAAACAAGCCCCCCUCUCAAAUAAGCUCCCCUCUAUAUGAGCCCCCCCCCCCCCCCCCCACAGUAAGCUAUGAUAUUAAAGUUCAAGAACAAACUGACAUUGUACCUAAAGAGAAAAGGUCAAUGGGCUUAUGAAAUGUUUAGUCAAAGAGGCUGCCAUUCAUUGUUUCAAAUCUAAGAACCAAAAUGCUUCAGGCUCUUUGUUCUCUUUUUCAAAUGUAGUGGGAUUAGAAUGAAUUUGAAUAAAAACUAAACACAAAGUCCACUGACUGGUAGUAUAUGAUUUUAUAACACCCGUUUAUUUAUUAUUGUGGAAAUGUCAUUGUGGUUCUUGUGGUAGAAGUGACAGUGAGAUGAUAUAUGGUUCCUUUUUUUGCCAGUGGUUCAUGCGAUCAUCUCCUAAUAAUGACCCAGCAGAGAAACAAAAUAUCAGGAAGUUCCAAGGAGAUCUUUUGUACCAUAAACAUAAGUAUGAACAAGCCUUUGUCAUGUACCAAGAAUCUCGGCAAAGGUUGCCACCAAACAACACAGUGCUGGACAGGGAACUGUUGGAAUCAAUGGCAAUGUGUUUAUUAAAGCUGGGCAAAUUUAAUGAGGCUUUGACUCUUGUCAAGGAAACAAUAGUAAGAUAGUUCAUUUUUGUAAAAGUUGGAGUUUAUACUUGGUAUAAAUAGAGUCUUCUUUGAAUAUUUUUUGUGCUUCUUUUACUUUUAUUGGCUGGCUCUGGAGGGUUUGAUUAGACUAUCUGUUACUGCAAGCUGGACUAUUUGUGACUGGGUCUGGGAGGGGCAGGGGGGCAUACUCCGGAUUUUAAGUAACGGGGAAGAUCAAAGGAUUUUUUUGAGUUUGAAAUUUUGGAUUCUGGGAUUUUCUUGGGUAGGAAAAUUGGGCAAGUUUUUUGGGGUGGCUUGAUUUAAGUAGGGAUUUUGUAGGUAUUCAAAACAAUCUGAAGAUUGCUUAUCCUGGCCGUGUAGUUCUGCAAUUAAAAAACAGCCAAAUAAAGUAUAAAAUGUAAUUUACAUCAUUUUACACUUUCUGGAAAUUUUUAAGGUUUGCAAAUUCAGCACGGAGUUUUUUGCAGGUUAAGUUUUUGUCCAGGGAUUUUUUUGGGUUUUAAUUUUUGCCCCUCUUCAAUGAUCCCCAUCACUUGAAAUUCAGAGCAUCCCCCUGGGGACUAGGUAUUGUGCUUUGUUGCAAUAUUUCCUAUUUUUUGUAUGUUUCAAUAACUAGUGAAGUAUGUAAUAUUAAAGCAAGCCUGAAUUGGGUGAUCGUUUGAGACAACUCUAGUAAGCAGCCAUGUGAAAAUUGAGGCAAAGUAGAUGGUGAUGCUAGAUGUAGAUUACUUGCCAGAGCUCCACAAGGUGCUGCAAGGUGCUUUUAAAGUCCUGGGUGCAAAAUAAUUGCCUACAGUGUACUGGUAGAAUGCUAAAACAUUGUCUGACAAUAAGAAUUAGAAACAUAUCAAAGAUCAAAGAUAAUAUCCAAUAAGUGGUAUUGAAUGAGAGUGAACAGUUACACAAACUUAUCCUUGAUUUAAAUCUUCUCAUUCCAGCCUUUGUUGCUGGCUACCAAAGAAGGGUUCUGCCAAUACCCUCUACUUACCCUAAGAGAGAUAAGUAAGGCUGCUUUCUGGUUUUUAUUAUGGCAAAUUGAGUAUUUUAGCUUGACCCUUGAAUAUCUGAAAUAUAUUUGAUUGCUUCAAUGACAGGAUAACAACCAACAGAAUGAUUCUUCAAGGUGGCAUUUGCUAUCUCAGAUAUACAGAGCCAUGGGAAAUAUGCAAGGUAUUUAAAACUAGGCAAUGGCAAUACAAGAUGGCAAUGGAUGUGGGUAUCACCUUCCAAUAAAAUUGCACUGAAUUAGUGAGAGUGCAGAGAUGCCAGCCUUCGCAAAUAUGAAGUGUUCAGUUUUCUCUUUUGCACUAGACCUGGCCCUCUCACUUUAAAAAUUGUUUUUGGCGUUUUUGGUUAAAUAGGUUCUUAGAAAUUUAAGUUGUAGUACAGGAAAGCCCCAAAGCUGCUAUUAUCCUCAAGAUUUGACCACUCAUACAAUCAGGUAACAUGAAAAUGUGCUUUUUAUUUGGGAAAAGAGAAACAGCUAGCAGAUUAAGUAAGCAUUCAAGGACCGAAAGCAGAUAUCACCUUUCGUACACUACUGCAUAUUACAAAAGAGUAGGCUCCCACUUUUGGGGUACAAGAAACAUAGUCAUCAUGGUCAUCAUUAUUAUUUUAAAAAAGCUAGGCAGGUAACCACAGUGGGCAUGCACUCCAACUCCAUUCACUCCACCUGGUCUGAGGCCAAUUAGGUGUUAUAUUCAGGGUUCACAUAGUCUUGAAAAGUCCUUGAAUUCCAUUUUUGUUAGAAAAGUCUCUAAAUUUCUGUGCAAGUCCGUGAAAAGUUCUUGAAUUUUCUUCAACUUUGAAUGUAGUGGCCUGGAAAGUGUUUUUGAGUGCUUUUUGUUUGUUCAAAACAGAAUAGAAAUCAUGGCUCAGAAAAGUUAAAGUAGACUUUCACGCUUUGCGCUCGAGAACAUUUUGAACUCGACUUGUGGGCAAGUCUAAAGUUAAAGGUGAUUUACAUAAAGUGUCUUAUGUAUUUUGAAUAAUUAACUAUCAAUUUAAGACUUGUAAGUGAACUGCAAACUUUAGAGAAAAAUAGGAUAGAUACAUGUAGAAAAUUUCUUGCAUACUGUAGAUAUUCAGGAGGAGGCAGCAUGGCCGAGUGGUCAGCACGUCGGACUCGCAAUCCAGCGGUCCCGGGUUCGUGUCCCGCUUCUAGCCACUUGCUGGAUUUGUGCUCGGUCGUUCCGAGUUCAAAUUCUCGGCCACGCUUGUAAAUAGCCAACUGGUUGCCUUCUGCCAGUUGGGGUUUUUAAUCCUGUUAUGUUGUAUUUGAAUUAUUUGUUUCUAAAUAUAUGAGUGGAGUGCCUGUAAAUUAGCUUACUAGCUAAGUGCACCUUCCACUAUAAACAUGCCUUUAACCUUUAACCUUUUUAACCAAAAUGUCUGUUUUUGAUCCGUUUUGGGACAGGUGAAAUUGAUGCCCUUCAACAUUGUGCAACACUUCACUCCUGGAACUAUCAAUACUGGUACUCAUUAGCCCUGGCGUAUGAAAAACUAUCUGCAAGUUGCGUUAGGUGUUCAAAUGAGAACUUUGGAAAUGAUGAUCUUGGAAGCAAAAGUGUUGUAUUGCAACAAUGUUUGACAUGUCAAAGAAACUGCAAUGAAGAGUCUUUGAAUGGUGAAAGCUUGCAAAAUACUGAUUUAACAGCAAAGUUGAAUGGUUGUUGCAUCACAAAUAGCACAAAUGGCAGGACUCAACCUUUUGUGUGUUCAAGUUCUGAUGAAGAACACAUUAUGAAUUCAGAGCCUGUAGUUGUUGGCCAACAUGGCGCCUUACCUGGACAUGUUAAAUGCAAAUCUUUCUCCAGUCAAUCAGAUGGUCGAGUUCAGGGACAAACCAAAGAAAAAUUGUCUGUCAACGGCAUAUGCUUACAUUCCAAGACAAACAAUGUCACUUCAUCAACAUUUGUCAUAACUCAAGGAAUAAAUUGCAUUAAUGCAGGUGAAUACCACAAAUACCAGGAUGCCAUUAAAGCACCAAGUGUUCAAAACAAAAUACAUUGGAGAAAUCACAUCCUUUCUUUUGGUUGUCUCAUAAAAGCAAGGUAAGUCAUAGGACUUCUCUCUCACAACUGGGAGCUGUGCCAAGCCAAACCAUGCAGCAUGACUUUUAACCUCAUUCAAUGCUGCAAGUCAUGCUACGAUCAAAAAUUGUUAACGUGAUACUGAGACAAGAUCUAUUCUAACAACAAUAUUGAAACUAUGGCACUAUACUUCAAACACCAAAACAACUUUAGAACACUCAAGUUGAUGAUGAGCCAGCAGGCCCAUAUUUUCUCCAGAAUCCUGGUAAUUGCCAGAUGUGGAAAACUGUUUUUGUUUCCAGUCAAGAUCAACAUAAUAAAACACAAAUGUCAGUUAACAAAACAAAAAAAUGCUGCUUUGUUAGCUCAAGGUCCUCAGUGCUUUCAUCUUUCAGUUUUUUGGGGGCCAUAUCCGGCGGUUAAUGGCAGAUGGCCAUAAAACAACUGAACUUUGAACCAGCUUGUGACCUAAAGACCCCUCCCGGUACCCUUACUUAGAGCUCCUCCGAUCUUCCCAGCUGUUUUUUCACCAAGUUCUUUAACUACAAUCAAACUCCACCCCUUAUAAAGGACUGCUUCUUGAAAGUAAUAAGAACUUCCAGUGAGUGCAGCCCCUCUAAUUUUUUUGCAAGUCACCAGAAAAUGCAACUGACGACAUGAUGUUGGUUAUUGUAGUUCAAUCAUUAGUUUUAUCAGUGGUUUAAAUUUUUUUUCUUUUUUUGUCAACUCAUUUUCAUUGAUUUUCAUUAAGUACACAUACUUAAAAAUGAAGAAAAUUUGACUUAAUAGCAAGGAUGAAAUUGAACCACAACACCUCUGACUGUGAAGUGACCUUUUCAUUUAGUGGACAUCUGUAUGA